UCUUUCCAUUUAGACUUUUGGUUUCAAACAUAAAUGUAACCAAAUUUCUCAAAUAGGAAACAGUCAACUAACCCAACUCUCCACCACCUAUCUUCUAGUCUAUAAAGUUCUAUUCAACCUUCCCCAUUUUCUUAAUCAAGUAGUUCAGUUUCUUGAUUCAAGAAACUAGAUUCCCUUAAAACCCAAUUCUUGAACCAUCUGGGACAUACCCAAAUCCUUGAACUUUUUGUUUUUUCAUCUUUUUUGGUUGCUGCAGAAGAAGAAAAAGCAAAUCUUGUUUUAUUUUUCCCUUCAGAAAAAUGGAUAAUAAGGUCUUAACAAGUUUGGUGUUUUCAUCAAUCUUGUUAACUCUCUUCACUUCUACUUAUGCUCAAAACUGUUCAAGUCAUCGAUUCAGCAACAACAAUAUUUUUUCCACUUGCAACCCUCUCCCUGUACUCAACUCUUUCCUUCACUGGACUUACCACUCAGCUAACCACACAGUAGAUCUUGCUUAUAGACAUGGUGGUGUCACAGAUUCUGAUUGGGUUGCUUGGGCGUUAAAUAUUGGAGGAUCACGUAUGUUAGGAGCUCAAUGUUUGGUUGCUUUUAGAAAUUCAAGCGGACAAAUUCAUGCCUACACUUCACCUAUUUCCCCUACUAGCUACAACACAGAGCUGAGAGAAGGUCCCUUGAGCUUUAGGGUGCCUAGAAUUGCAGCAGAGUUUAUAAAUAAUGAGAUGGUUAUAUUUGCAACUUUGGAACUUCCUAGUGGGAGUAGUACUAGUUUUAAUCAGGUUUGGCAAAAUGGUCCAGUUUCUGGUCAGAGUUUGCAAAUUCAUCGUCAGAGUGGUGAUAACGUGAGGAGUUUUGGAACUAUUGAUUUUGCCAGUGGACAGACCUCUGCCGCUGCUGCUGGUGACUCAGCCAGCUCUAGACAACGCCGAAGAAAUACACAUGGAGUGCUGAAUGCAAUUAGUUGGGGAGUUAUGAUGCCAAUGGGUGCUGUAUUUGCAAGGUAUUUGAAAGUGUUCAAGUCAGCAAAUCCAGCUUGGUUUUACCUACAUGUUGCUUGUCAAACCUCUGCUUAUGCUGUUGGGGUUGCUGGAUGGGGCACUGGUCUCAAGCUUGGCAGUGAUUCUGUUGGAAUUAAAUUCAAUACUCACAGGAACAUUGGCAUUACUCUCUUCUGCCUUGGAACUCUUCAGGUUUUUGCCUUGCUAUUGAGGCCAAAGCCAGAGCACAAGUACAGACUCUACUGGAACAUCUACCACCAUACUAUUGGAUACACAGUGAUCAUUCUUAGCAUCAUCAAUGUAUUUGAGGGAUUUGAUGCCUUAAAUGGACAGAAAAAUUGGAAGAGGGCUUACAUUGGGGUGAUCAUAGCCUUGGGUGCAAUUGCAGUUAUGUUGGAAGCCUUUACUUGGUUCAUUGUCAUUAAAAGGAAAAAGACUUCAGUUUCUGAUAAGUAUCCCAAUGGGAAUGGGGCAAAUGGUGUUAAUGCAUAUGCAAACAGGGAGGUGUAAAAUAAAAAUGUUUUAUAAUAAUUUUUUUUCCCCCUUCUUAAUAGAUAAGAGGCAUGUUUUGUAUGUUUUAGUUGAGAUUAUUAUUAGUUUAUUAUGUUUAGCAUCAUAUUUUUGUUUUCGAUUGUACUUUUGGUUGCUAGAUUUAGAUUCUCUAUGGUUGUAAUUUAUUCUUGUGUAAUACAUACGUGUUGAAAUACCACCUCUUUCUGGUUUACUUUAUCAGUA